CCUCUUCCGGUCAGAGACUCGCGGCGCAACAACACCGACAACAAACAUGGCGGUGCCCAUGAGCAGCUGCUAUUCUCAUAUUUAGUCCUUGUUCAGUCGGUAAAAUUUAUCUACACACGAAAGAGUUUUAUCAGGCGAAGCAUAACAGUCGCUAAUAAGGUCGUCAUGUCCCGGCUGGCUGUGGUCUGUGGAGGCUCCAGGGGGAUAGGGAAAGCUGUGUCCUGCCUGCUGGCAGAGAGAGGCUGCAGGUUGGCCGUUCUCUCCAGAAACCAAGAUGCUGCCCAGGCCACUGUGGCAUCACUUCAUGGAGCUGACCAUUUGGCUUUCAGCUGUGACGUCUCCAAAGAGCAGGAGGUGCACAAAACCUUUGAAACCAUCCAGAAGACUUGUGGAAACAUCUCUUAUCUUGUGAAUGCAGCUGGCAUCAACAGGGAUGCUCUGUUACUGAGGACCAAACCAGAAGACAUGGUGGCUCUGCUUCACACCAACCUGCUGGGCUCCAUGUUGACCUGCAGGGCAGCACUUCGCAGUAUGAUGCACACACAGGGAGCAGCUAUCGUGAACAUAGGCUCUGUUGUGGGCCUGAAAGGGAAUGCCGGCCAGUGUGUCUACAGUGCAACUAAAGCUGGUCUAGAGGGCUUCACUCGCUCUGUGGCUAAAGAAGUCGCUUCACGUAACAUCAGGGUGAACCUACUGGCUCCAGGUUUCAUUCAUACCGACAUGACUGCAGGGCUGAAGGAAGAUGAUGGAGCGCGCAUCAUCCCUCUGGGCAGAUUUGGGAAGCCGGAGGAGGUAGCCCAGGCUGUGCUCUUCCUUUUGGAGUCGCCCUACAUUACAGGACAGGUGCUGGUGGUGGAUGGAGGGCUGCAGCUGGCCAUGUAAGGAGCAAGGACUUCCUCUGGAGCUAUAUCACUACUUAAAACAGUAACAGUAAGGCAGGUGGAGGUGGCAUGUGGACCUCUUUAGAACAGUGAAUGCCCUGUUUUAGAGAUUGUGGGCUCUAUUGACGGCUUUCCACUGCAGGAAGUCAGGGCAUUCAAAAGUUGAUGCGAACCUUCUGUCCUUUCAGCCUUUUUGUUUGUGUUACAGCACAGAAUCCAACAAUGACUGCAAUAAAACACUGAUAAAUAGUACAUGAAGUGACUGUAGGACUACGACGACGGCAAAUUUUAUGUCAUUAAUUGCAGCAUUUGAGAGAUGAAGAAAACCACUGGAUAAGAACAUUGAGAGGGCAGGAAGAAAUGGUGCUUUUUGUCCUCUCUUAUGUUAACCAGUCAAUCUUUUGCCCCACACAGCAAUUUCUAAGUACAAAUCAGAAGGAUCUACCCUCCCCCACCCCCUGAAAACAGCCUUGAGAAGUCCUACAGAGGCAGUUUGUGUGAUUGGAACAUGUACAAGGUUUGGGUUGCUUGCAAGUUCCUGCAGUGGGACACGGCCAAUCGUUACUCUUGACUGAGGAGCAUUUGAUUGAUAAAAAUGGCAAAAACUUUUGCACUUUACUGAAGCUGAAUGUUGCUCUGUGGCCACAUUAAACUCAGGGUCAAAUCUGGUGCACCGUG